AUGGUUCGUUCAGCACUCGACCCGCAUCCACACUUGUCCCCAUCUGGCAGAAUCUACAUACACAGUACUUCUUACAGAGACACUGCUAUUGACUGUUGGCCUCACUUUCUGCCCCUCUCUUCUCCUCGCCUCUCCUCGCCCUCACCACCACUGCUGACCCUAUCCGCUCGCUUCCUAAGCUUCCCUAUCUCAUAUUCAUCCCAUAUCCUAUAUCCCAUACCUAUUCACUCUGCAUUAUCUUAUACACACACACACACAAUAUUCCCGUGCUUCUCCAUUCUCUCGCUCACUGAUGUAUCCCCCGCGACCUGUCCUCUCAUCACGACAAAAUCUCUCAACCUUCGCUUGCCAUCCUUCGAUCUCUUGGGAAUUGCAGCACCUCACCCCGACCGCAUCGCCGUUCAUUCUCCCAGUAGCUUCUCCCCGCUAGGUGCAGGCCCAUUAUCGAAACCUGAGGAUCCCCUUCAUGCACUAAGCCCAUCCUUGAUCGAACCAGAGCGCCAGCUUCCACAGAUCGACGGCACCGUGGAUUCUUCUCCCCCGAGCCCUGAGGCUGCCAGGGCCAAGGUCCAACGUCUCGUGCCCGUGGUCACCCCUCCUAACGAGGAGCCUGGUACCUUCAAUUGGGGUUCUUUCGUGAACGUUGGUACCGCUGCUGUCGGUUCUCCCCCCAACUCGGAGCCAGGAGUCUCACCAGGCACCAACAUCACUUCGCUGAGUGCGGUCACGGCAGAGACAGCAGAGACAGCCGUGCCAGAUCCGCUCUCGGUCACGGAUCUGAGUGACGCGCUCGGCAUGGCUGCUUGGAUAGAGAGCAUCCGACAAAUAUUAACCUCUGACGUCUCCUCUGCACGGCAUGAUUCGAUAAAGGUCUUGUCGCAUGCGCUUCCCUCCCCAUCGCUGACCGGCCACCUCUUUGCACAGAUCAUAUCCGCCAUUCACGAGAGGACCACCACCUCGACCUCUUGGAUCAAUGUCUUUCACGCAGUGCCCGGACGGUUCACGCUAGCCGACCUACCCAAAUCCCCACCCUCCACACCUGGUCAGGUUGUAGGAGGUGAUGAAUAUUUCACCUCCAAGAUAUUCGACACUGCAGUCGCUGUUCCCGAUUACCAGCUCGAUGCGAGACUCUUGCCGCCGUCGCCUCGGCCUGUCGUGCCCCCAGGAAGCGUGAACGUCUCGGUCGUGGAACGCUAUAUCCCGCCCACCAACGAGAAUGAAUUCGUGGAAAUGUUUUCCAUGAGAGGAGGGCAUUCUCUGCUCCUUGAUCGUCUAAUAGAGGUCUCUCCCGAUAAUGGCAGGCUCUUGUUCAUCUAUCCGACCAGGACAGGCGCACAAACAUUCAUGCGUAGCUAUCUAGGGCCGGUCCUGGACCCUCUUCUGCGCUCGAUGACGAUUGUUCACGAUCUGUCAUCAGAUCUAAGCAAGUCUCUGGGUCCCAUGAAGGCCGUCGAUCGCCUGCCGGAGUAUGUUCAGCUGGAUACGCGACUGAGGGCCUUUUGUAACCAACUCAACCAAGACGAAAACCAUUUGCGUACUUCCGGAUCCACGUACUCGAUUAUACAUGCCUCGAGAGAGGAAAUUGUCAUUGACCGUGCGUCAUGGGCCAAGGACUGGUGGAUCAAACAGGAGAAACCGCGGAUUCGAGAGGCGGUCACUAGGUAUUUCCGCAAGGCUAAGGUUCUUCCCAGGGACACAUCGAUGACCCCCUCGAAUCUAAUACAGGAGAUAUUGGAUGGCGUCGCGAAUAGGGAAUGCGAAAGGCUGGUCCAACCGCGAGGCAUAGAGGUGGGAGUGUUCGUCAUCCAAAAGUCACGCUAA